CAGGAAACCAACAUCGAAGACUGCACGCGACUCGAAACCGCCGAAGCAUCGUAUUCACGCGUUGUGAUGCCGCUCCAUCUCGAAAUUCCCAACAAGGCUUCGGUCUAGGCGGGGCUUGCCGCUGCUGCCGAUCUCGCUACUGUUAGCUGCGCAUGCAUGAGGGGGGCCAACCCAGCUUGCAUGGGACUUGCGUUGUCGAUUGUAUCGUGCAAGCUGUCAGAUUAUGCUCAAACGAUCUUGGGCGCGGGGCAAGCCACUUUCUCGGCUUGGCCCUCGUCGACUCCCUGCGGUAUUAGUUGUCUUGGCUAUCCUCGCAAUCCUUCUUCUCGGCAGCUUGCCUUCGAAAGCUCCAGCUUUGCCAAGCUACUCUGAAUUUGAGCCCAAGUUACCUUCGUCUCCUGUUAAAGACGUGCCUCCUGAGAAAUUCAUCCCACCGUCUCAGCAACAACCACAGUUACCUCUGCAACAAAAGAUUAACAAGUACAAUGGAUCAUCUUGGUUGACGGAUGAGCGGUCUCUCUCAACAACGUAUUCUAGCUCCGUCACGCUGGAUGAUGAGCGGGUAUUGCUCCCUCCUCUCAAGGCUCGCCAGCCCAUCUACUGUUAUUAUGAUACGGACAAGAAGAAGGCAAAGGAUGAAAGAGAUGCUGAAAGCGAGCUACUUUUGACAUGGCGCCGGGCGUGGUGGGCACAAGGAUUCCGUCCCGUGGUGCUAAGUGCUGCCGAAGCUAUGAACAAUUCCUUCUAUGACCAAUUACAAAAGAUGACAUCAAAUUCCGAGCUGAGGCGAGAUCUCAUGCGGUGGCUCGCCUGGGAUACUAUGGAUGGAGGCAUAUUAUCAGAGUUCACGGUACUCCCAAUUGUUCCUCAACAAGAACCGCUGCUGCCAUUUUUGAGAACCGGAACCUUCCCAAGCUUGAUGAAAUGGACAGACCUCGACAAUGCAUUCAUCGUUGGUCCAAAAGCCGAUGUGCAUUCAGCUCUGCAGUCUAUUCUAAAGGUGGCGCACAUGCAAGAAGCCAUGAGUGUCACGACUGCUCUUUCAGACACUGCAGUAGCAGUAAACAAUACAAGUAAUCCGCUUGCUUACUAUAGCCCCAAGAUUGUCGAAACCAAGUAUGCCAAACUUAUCAAAAAGGAUGAUAGGGCUGGUACUCUCCACAAUCUCAAUAAUCUCAUCAACUACCAUCUUUUGGUUACCUGGCAGAACAGCUUCCCUGACGGUAUCGAAGUCAUUAAGCCCCAUCCUGAGCACGCUACGGCCAUGCUGGCAGGCGCUUUAGAGCUGGCCAAGUCUUUAGCAUCUUGCCCUGAAAGUCCAAUGCUAUCGUCUUGUCCUCCGAAUCUACCUAAAUGCUAUCCAUGUGUGGCGUCCCCCAUGGCCGUCACCACGCUUCCACGCCUCCGCUUCCGCAACUCGCCCCACGUUUUUACAAUCGGAGUAGUUCCACAUCCAUGGUCCUUUGCAUUGGUGAACAAUCUACGAGAGUCCAUCAACGUAACUUGGAUUGUUGAAUCUCCUCGAGAUACGUGGCUCAGUGCCGUUACCCAAGCAUAUCUCGGCUCUGGUGUAACCUCGAGUCGCAGAGUUGUGCGUUUUAAAGAGCUGGUAGCGGGCGAGGCCGACUCUGCGCAUUCCUUAUGGCUUCCUGCAGAAGACAAAAUACCUAGUGAUAUGGAGUGGCAUUUCGGAUUCACCAUUCCCGAGAAAGGCAUGGACGACGGAAAGUCUCGCAGCCCGGUCCCAGCUGAACGAUUACUCAAAGACGAAGAGCCAGACAAAGCCAAAGAAAUCGCUCAUGAGCAGGCUUUGCUUGAUCGCGCCAAGCAAGUGGUCAUGAUGAGCAAGUCGUUUAUCAAUAGAACUGAGAUGCGCACUUCACUCGAAGCUUGGAAUAUGGCUGAUACAGAGGCAUGGCGGUUCACACGAGCUUUUAACGCACGCCGCUUUUCGGAACGUGAGGAAUGGGAAAAGACAUAUCGCCAGAGGUGAGGUAUGAAUUAGACAUUGUUGAAAAUUUUGUAAUAUUUAUCUUCUUAUCUGCUUUCUUUCCCCUCUCGCUGCUCUCCCGUGUGCUUGAGCGGCAGCUUCAUUCAAUGUACAUAGAUUUUAGAUAAUUUUUCUUCCUUGACGAGCAAUCCAACUAGACUUCUUUUUUUUUCUCCUCCUCUUUUCUGAACAUUUUCUAAGAAAUAAAACGACGGUGAAAAUAAAAUCGUUUGGUAGCCUUUUGGAUGUUGAAUCCUUAUGAGCUACCAGACCUCCAUUUCAAUGACGCAACCAGUCUUGAAUAUAGAGGCCACUAACAUUAAACCUUGACAGUAGUAUCGCCGCCCAUCUCGCCGCUCA